AUGACUCCUCAGGUGACUGGGAAGAAAUGUCCAGAUGGAGUAGUCAUGUUACCCGAGACUAUUCCACCACUGCCCUUUGUCAUGGCGCUGAAUCUUGAGGUUGGUCCUGGUGGCUUCAUGUGCCCUUACUGUCGGUCAGUAGGCAUUGGGCCUGAGGUGCCGAGAUCCUGCAGACUUGUCGAUCUGAAAACUAAGCUUCUUAAAUGUGUCUUCCAGCUGGUCAAAACCCACAACCUGCUUCCCAGUCACAACUACAUCUUCGGCUACCACCCCCACGGUAUCCUGGCUAUCGGUGCCUUUUGCAACUUCGGUACCGAAGCCACCGGUGUCUCAAAGAAGUUCCCUGGUAUUAAGCCAUACCUGGUCGCAUUGGCUGGGUACUUCAGAAUGCCGGUUGUAAGAGAAUACUUUAUUUCUGCAGGACUCUGCCCUGUGAGCCGUCAGUCCAUUGACUACAUCCUCUCCAAAAAUGGAACCGGAAACGCCGUGGUGAUAGUGAUCGGAGGCACCGCAGAGUGCCUGGACUGCCAAUCGGGGAAAAACUCUGUGACUCUAAAGCAGAGGAAAGGAUUUGUGAAGAUUGCACUACAGCAUGGGGCUAAUCUGGUCCCAGUUUAUUCCUUUGGAGAGAACAAGGCUUAUAAGCAAAUUUUGUUUGAAGAAGAUUCUUGGGGCCUAUGGCUACAGAGAAAAUUCCAGAAAAACGUUGGAAUUGCUCCAUGUUUGUUCUAUGGUUGUGGGUUCUUCUCCACAGACACCUGGGGCUUUGUGCCCUAUCCCACUCCCAUCACUACUGUGGUUGGAGAACCCAUUGCAGUCCCUAAAAUGGAGCAGCCGACUCAGAAGGACGUGGACCUCUACCACAGCAUGUACCUGACCUCUCUUCAGAAGCUCUUUGACAAGUACAAGACCGAGUUUGGAUUGUCUGAGUCUGAUGUGUUGGAAAUCAUAUGAAGCUGCUUCUGACUACACCCAAACCAUGUUCUCUAUUCAUUUAUUGCACUUUUUUGUAGAAGUUGAUGUAACUAUAUGAUUAUGUCGCUUCUAGAAGGUACUGGACACUUUAAAUUGCUAAAAGGUGAACUUUGAGGUCAGGCAAUCAGCCGGUGUCCGUGAAGCAGGUGACUGAAUGUGAAAAUAAAUAACCCCUCCCCAAUAUAUUAAACUCCUGAUUAUAUGUUAAGUGUAGGUGAAAAACACGUUGUGGACACAGCCUUAGUGACAUUGCAUUGUGUUUUUCUUGGCUACAUCAUUGUGUACCAGAGUUUUAAAAUGAAUUCUAAUAAAACUGAGUUUUAACACA